AUGGGUCUCCUGGAUGGGCUGUCGAACCUCUUCGGCCGAGGUUCGAGCGACGCCAAGCUCCAGGAUCAAAUUUUCAAUCUCAAGUUUACGGCGAAAUCCUUAGCGCGCGCGGCGAAGAAGUGCGAAAAGGAGGAGCGGGAGAAUAAGACAAAGGUGAAGCGGGCGAUUGAGAAGGGGAACAUCGAUGGGGCGAAGAUACACGCGCAGGAUGCGAUUCGGAAGAAGAACGAGGGGUUGAAUAUGCUGCGAUUGGCGAGUCGUUUGGACGGCGUCGUGGCGAGGCUGGAGACGCAGGCGAAGAUGAACGCGGUGAAUAAGGACAUGUCGGGCAUCGUCAAGUCGCUUGAGAGGAGCUUGAACACGAACAACCUAGAGAAGGUUGCGGAGAAUAUGGAUUUGUUCGAGAAGCAGUUUGAGAAUCUGGACGUGCAGACAGAGUUCGUGGAGUCGGCAAUGGGGAACACGUCGGCGUUGUCCACACCGCCCGAGGAGGUGGCGACGCUCAUGCAGCAGAUCGCCGACGAGCACGGACUAGAAUUCGCGACCGAUCUUCCUUCCGCGGGUUCAACGCGCGUCGCGGAGCAAAGGGAAAAGGCGGACGAUCUCACGGCGCGACUCGAGGGACUCAAGGGAGGCGCUUAA